UUAAAAAAUGAUUUGAAAUUCCCUUUCCCCAUAUUUUACUAGGUCCGGUCUCUUAUGUAUAUUAAAAAAAAUGCAAUAUAUACCUUUAAUUUCAUUGUUUCACGAUCCAAAUUAGCUCAUAACCUUGCAAAUUGAUAGUUUAUCUUUGAGAAAACAAUAUCAGAACAUUAUUGUUGUAGACUGCUUGCUUCCUUUCUUUUCUUUUGAUACGAAACUAUUUAGGAGCCGGGGAGGUUAUAUCUGUUGUAGACUGCAGGUCAGGGCAAAUCACCAACCCACAAGGGGAUUUACGAAUCCUUUGAGACUUUUCAGACUUACAGAUCAUCUACCAAGAGGAGAUCGUGAAGGUUCGAACUUUAGUGCUUUGCAUCUAAAUUCUAAAUCUUAACUACUUGUGCUAACCCCUAUUGGCACUGCUUGCUUCCUUUCAUUUUCACACAUUUGGCCCCCUCGAUCUAGAUGCUCCCUGAGUAGCAUACCCAAACUAGGAAAGCAAUGCUGGCAUUUCCUAGCCAGCCUGUAUAUUCCCACAAAUGAUGUGCCACACAGGAAACAAAGAGCUGCAUGUCAACUUCACUCUUUUGAAAUAUGCACUUCCUCUUCAAUAAAAAAAGAAAGAAAGCAUCCUUGACCCUCUCUCUUUAACUUUCCAAGCUACAGCUUCAAUGAUCAUAAGAGAAUUUCCCAUCCCAAUUCACAAAAAGUACUAUAAAAUCACUCUCUAGAAAGCAAAUAUAAGGGUGUUUUGAGAAACCCAAAAAUUGUCUGAUCAAUUUGAUUCUUCUCCUAGCUUUGUUUAAUGUUAUAGAGUCCCUUGUUGGCCAUGACAGAUGACACUUGUUGGCCUGUGAGAAUUAAAAAAAAGAAGGGUUUCCAAGGCAUGAAUUGUCCAAAAAUAGCUAUAUUCCUUGUUGCCUCACCUAACUGUCAUUUUUUUUUAGAAUAAGAAGUUUAUAGGUACAAAAUUUGGCAACUCUUAAGAAUAAGAAUCUGUAUAAAUUAGGAGUUCAAACAAUUCAAAAGGUGAUCACAUCAAUUAAAGUUGAUUAGAGGGGCAAAAUAAUGGUGUUUUGUUAUUCUAUCAUCUUUUCUCAUUCAUUCUUUCUCUUAUUCUUAUGCUGUGAAUGAAACAGGCAAACAGGCAAAUGAGAGAUUAAACUCUUCCAGCAAAGUGGAGUAAAUGGAAAUAUCAAUUAUGGCAUUACCCCUUCAUAGAGACAAUUUUGUUUGAAAUAAAACCGUAACACUUUAAAUUCAAGACGGACAAUACCUCAUUGAAUGCAAAUCUAUCCUACUAUAACAAAUUCUACUUUUCUCAGCUAAAUCAGAAGUCAAUAGAGAAAUAAGAGAUGGUUAGUUCAUGAAUGAGCUGCAAAAUCUAAAGCAGACAUUUGGCAGGUACUGGCUGGUCAAGAGUUAGUGAAAAAUAUUGUCCAUCUCCAUCCUUUACAGCACAUAAAUUAAAGCCUUCCAAUAUGUUUAAAAGUCCUUAAAUGCAGGCUGGGAUCAAUAUCCCACAGCAUCAAGCAACUCUAUGCUUGAUUCUCCUGUUGAGAGACAAGUUAUGAUUACCAACUAGAAAAUGAUUUCUGACGUCUUAAAAUAUCUCGGAGAACUGCAAAAUCACAUUGCCUGUAAUAACCUAACCCAGUCCAUAAUCUUACAUCUGAUCUCAAGUUAAUUUUUUGCUCAAUAUUAAGGUUUUUGAAUUAAUCUUUUGAUACUUACAAGCUGAACUGGCAAGUGUGAAUUUAUUGUUUGUCAUCCAAUAAACUUUAUCAGCUCUAGGGCACGUUUAGGCCCUGGAGAGGAAUCUGGCUUUCAAUCUCCAUCAACCUUUAUGACAAAAAUGAAAGGCAGGGCUUCUACUCAAGAACAAUUUCUUGUCAUUUUAUCUGCUAUAUACAGUGAUAUUUUACUUGUGACAAAAGGAUUCCUUGAGAGUGGAUAUCCAUGCCUUCAUACACCUAUAAAGCUACUUUGAUCGUUGUUGACUAAUGAAACCAUGCAUAGGCAAAUGAUUUAGCUCUAUCAUCUGUUCUCACACUUUAAUUCUCUUCUGUGGUCGGUUUUGGAUAUCCUAAACCGCACAUAAAUAAUUCAAUUAUGGAUGGAUGGAUGCUGGCUUGAUCACGGCCAUCCAAGCUAAAGCAAAUUCCCUCUGGCUCAACAUUUCAAGGUCCAUAAAGAAACACCGACUCUUUUCUGAAUCCACAUCCCCCCUUCUCUUUCCCUUUAAGAUUUGAUAAUGACCCUUGAAGCCUAACCAAGCUAUAGCUAGCAGCAAACGCUCCCUCCCUCUAACCCAGAAGAAAAGGAGAUUCCUUGCAUGCCCCACAUCUUUUGCCUUUGAAAUAUUCCUUAUUAGGCGUGUACAAAUAAAAGCCACCUAUUGAUUCUUCCUUCAUACUCUCCACUAUCUCGAAUAUCUCAUACAAAGCUUAAUCUCCUCCAGGUUUCUCCAUUCCUAGGCCUCAUGGUGCCGGAGUUUGAGAAACCUCAAGUCACCGAGAUACAAGUCCGAAUGGACUGCAACGGCUGUGUACAGAAGAUCAAGAAAGCGCUGCAUGGCAUUCACGGCAUACAUGAGGUUUAUCCUGAUAUUGCUCAACAGAAACUAACAGUGAUAGGCUGGGCAGAUCCAGAAAGAAUAGUUAAGGCAAUUAGGAAAACUAGGAAGAUUGCAACAAUCUGUUCCCAUUCAGAACCAACACAAGCCGCUGCAGAGCCAACAGAACAACCACCUCAAGGUGGUGCAGCAGCUUCAGAGGCAGCAAAUCCACCCCCAUCAGAAGCUCCACCAGCUAAAGCUGCUCCGCAACCUCAAUCACAACCUGAAGAAGCUCCACCUGCAGAGCUACCAAAAGAUGAACAGCCACCGGAUAAUCCACAACCAGAGCCAGCACCUGCACCUGCAGCUACUGAUGCCAAUGCCGGCCAGCAACCACCACAACCUUCUGGAUCAAAAGAUGUUGGAGAAGUUCAUCCAAUAUGCCCCCACCCACCUGAUUAUGGACAUAGAUAUGGCUAUGUUCACAGCUAUGGAAGGCCCUGGAGCAGACAAUACCCCAAUAGCCAAGGCAAUUUCUAUCCUGAGCCAGUAAGCACACACCCUAAUAGCCAAAUUUUCCACCAUGAACCACCUCAACAUGCCUUUGUAACUCACAGCUACAACACAUACAAGCCAUCACCAUAUGUAACAGAACAUGAAUAUGUUCAUUCACCACCACAAUACACGCAUUACAGUAGGAUUGAUCACUACAAUGAAGACUAUCACAAUAAUUACAGUAGUGGCAGCAGCAGCAAUGGCAAUGGAAAUAUUACAUCCAUAUUUAGUGAUGAAAAUCCCAACGCUUGUAGAAUAAUGUAGAUAAAUUUAGCAAGGAAGAUAUGAACAGAAGGGGCUCUUUCUUUAGCCUCUGCUAGGAAGACAGCUAAUAAAGAAUAAAUCAUGGAGAACUAUAGAAUCUUGAGGCGGCAAUGUAAAAAAACUGCACAUGUUGAGGGAGGUAUAGAUUCUAUGCUUGUAAGUGCUGGAAGAACCAAUUCUGCAAUCCACUUUUGAGCUCUGAGAGAGGUUUUAUUUGCUAAAGACAUUUUUAUAUUCUAGUUCUACAAUCAAUCUUCUCAGCCAGCCAACCAUCCGAUUUUGAAAAAUAUCAACAUCCCUUUAUAUUUUAUCAUUAUUGAUAUUGUUUCACUUUUAUAAAUUACAACAGUAAACUCCCGUUCCCAUACAUCUGUAAUUCAGUGACAAAAAUAACCAG